AUGGAACAGGCUAUUUUGGAUGGGUUGCAGAGCUUAAAGCUUACCAAAGAGGAGGAAGAAGGUAUUCAACUAUCAAUUCCUAGCAGAGCUGAGUGGCUGGAAGAGUGUCAACUUAGCUUGUUCGGGAAAUUGCUGUCUAAUCCGCAGCAAAAUCAAAGGGCCUUAAAGAGUACUUUACGGUCGGCAUGGAAGAUGGGAUCAGAUCUUAGGAUAGUAGAAGUUGGGAAUGAUAUCCUCCAUUUUAAGUUCAACUCUAAAUACCAAAUGGAAUGGGUGGAGAAGAAUGGACCGUGGAACUUUGAUAACAAUCUCCUAUUGUUAUGCCGGUGGAGAAAAGGAUUAACAGCUGCAAACAUUAGCUUCUCUCACUCAUCGUUUUGGGUUCAAAUUUGGGGUAUCCCAUUUGAGCUUAUGAUAGAGGAAACGGGGAAAGCUGUUGGGGAUAAGAUAGGCAAGCUUCUUGAAGUUGAUAAGAGAUCUUGGCAGUUAGAUCAGGCGAAGUAUAUGAGGGUCAGAGUGGAAAUACCAUUGAACAAGCCAUUACAAAGAGGUGGAUAUUUGCUGAAUGGAGAAGGAGAGAAGGUGUGGGUUACCUUCAAAUAUGAAAGGCUCCCAACGGUAUGUUACAAGUGCGGAAUAUUGGGACAUGAUGAUAGGCAUUGCGAAGAGCUGGGACUGGAGCAAGUGACGGAGUACCAGUAUGACGACUGGAUAAGAGCUAACGGCAACUCUAGAGGUGGGCCGGAGAGGAUGAAAUCAAGAAAAGAAAUGCAACAUCAGCCAGGUACUUUGGGACGGAUUGUGGAACAACCAUCAAUGGUGGAGAAUGCCAUGGUUGGCAGCGGUGGAGGAAGUGGGUAA